AUGAACAAAGAACUGAUGUAUUACUUUCACGAAGUUGAUAGUAAGUACCAAGGCUUUUACUGUGUAAUGAAACGUUUUGAUAGUUGAUCUUUACUGCAGCGAGUAAGAUCGUGAGGACGUGAGAAGCUUUGCAUUCGUGUCGUCGAAAAUUCACUUGUUUUGUUCCCUUUGUCUGCUUGCAGCUCCAACUCACAUGGAGAAGAACCACUCCGAGCGAAUAUUAGGAGCAAAUAACGGCAGCAGCAGUAAUAUGAACAACAACAACUUGAAGCCAGAUAAGGUGGGAGUCACGUUUGUUUUAAGAACUGUGCGCGUGGUGCAACUUAUUUUUUAGUAGCUCCCGAUUUCCUUAGAAGACAAUCACUAUACACAUUACGUUAGUAGAAAAGAUCACUUUUAAUGCCUGCUUGAAUUUAAAAAACGCUUGAUAAGGUUUUAUUUAGCGAGACGUGAGCGAAAGAACAUGGACUUUCGCUGUGGCUAUCGACAGGCGAUGUUCACACCUUUUGCAUGUACGAAUGAAGGUUAUUCUUUUAGACCGAGUGAUUGUGCAAUUUCCCUUUCAAUAUGAUAUACUACCAAGUUUCCGUUCAAUAUAAGGCUGUUGCUAUUUGAAGGUUUAAGCUGUGCCAUAAUUGAGCAGGGCAAUUUCCACACAUUUGCGAUUGGAAUAAUCUCAGCGUUGGUUUGUUUUAUAAAAAUUUACUGAAGUUGAAAUUUUUUGUUCAUUUCCGUUGUUGACACCUCUUCUUUAGCCAGCGUUGCUGUCCAGGAUACUUCUAACUUGUUAUGCUUAAGAUGCUUCGUAGUUGCACAUUUAUUGAUUUCCAGAUUUGUCAUUUAUUAUUUUUUCUUUACCUUGUUUGCAGGACGCAGUAUGUAAUUGUAACAGAGCCCCUGAGACAAUAUUUUGCCAAAAGUGUGGCAAGUCCUUUGUAGGAAGAAGAAGAAUGUCAUGCGAAAGACACAGGAACACUAUCCAUCUCAUGGAUUGUGCUUACUGUGUUUUUUGUAAGCGUCAGCUGUAA